UUAAGAAUUUCAAUCAUUAAUCAUCAAAAAUUACUUUAAAGAGGAGAUAGAAAGUGAGACACAUGAUGUACCAUCCUCUGCCACCUUUAAAGAUACAUCUGAACAAUUAUCAAGUGAAGAACAGAAGACACUGCUAGUGGGAUCAAGUGAAAAGACUCAAAAAACUGAGACAUCUGAUUUACCAUCACCUGCCACCCUUGAAGUAAAACCUGAAAGAUUACCAACUGAUGAGCACAAGACACAGCUAAUGGGAUCAAGUGAAAAGACAGAAAGUGAGACACAUGAUGUACCAUCCCCUGCCACCUUUGAAGAUACAUCUGAACAAUUAUCAGGUGAUGAACAGAAGACACUGCUGGUGGGAUCAAGUGAAAAGACUCAAAAAAGUGAGACAUCUGAUUUACAAUCACCUGCCACCCUUGAAGUAAAACCUGAACACUUACCAACUGAUGAGCACAAGAGACAGUUAGUGGGAUCAAGUGAAACAAUGAGGGAGACUCAAAAAAGUGAUAUGCCUGAUGUGCCAUCCAUCAUGACCUUUAAAGGAUCAUCUGAAAAAUUGUCAAGUGAUGAACACAAGACACAGCUAGUGGGAUCAAGUGAAACUAUAACAGAGAUUCAAAAAAGUGACAUGCCUGAUGUGGCAUCCACUAUGAGCCUUGAAGAAACAUCUGAAGAAAUGUCAAGUGAUGAAUACAAGGCUCAGCUAGUGAGACCAAGUGAAAAGGAGACAGAAAGUGAGACACAUGAUGUGCCAUCCUCUGCCACCUUUGAAGAUACAUCUGAACAAUUAUCAAGUGAUGAACACAAGACACUGCUAGUGGGAUCAAGUGAAAAGACUCAAAAAAGUGAGACAUCUGAUUUACAGUCACCUGUCACCAUUGAAGUAAAACCUGAAAAAUUACCAACUGAUGAGCAAAAGAGACAGCUAGUGGGAUCAAGUGAAACAAUAAUGGAGACUCAAAAAAGUGACAUGCCUGAUGUGCCAUCUAUUAUGACCUUUAAAGAAUCAUCUGAAAAAUUGUCAAGUGAUGAAAUCAAGACACAGUUAGAGGGAACAAGUAAAAUUAUACCAACAAGUAGACUGGAAUUAAGGACCAGGCUUGCUAUAUUUAAUGUGUUUUGUAGUUUACGAUAA